UCAGAUGCAGAGAAUGUGGAUACAGAAUAAUGUACAAGAAAAGGACAAAAAGAUGUAUCCUUUAACCCUACUUUUAAAAUCUGAGUCAUGACUACCAAAGAGUAUCCAUCACUGUGGGGCUUUGGAACAACAAAAACAUUUAAAAUUCCCAUUGAACAUUUGGAUUUCAAGUAUAUUGAAAAAUGCUCAGACGUGAAACACUUGGAAAAAAUCCUUUGUGUGCUCAGGUCUGGCGAGGAAGGGUAUUAUCCUGAACUCACAGAACUUUGUGAAAAGCGUCUUCAAGGCUUGGCUCCUCGAAGCAGAGCUCUGAGGAAGGACAAGCCCGCAGCCACAGCAUCCAGUUUCACAGCAGAAGAAUGGGAAAAAAUUGACAGUGACAUAAAGAGCUGGGUAUCAGAAAUUAAAAAAGAAGAAGAUAAAAUGCACUUUCAUGAAACUGAAAGGUUUACAGUGAUGGAAGGUAAUUUGCCUCCGGUCCGUGGUUCAAACAACUGUCUUCACGUGGGCAAGGAAAAAUCUUCUGAAACUAGAUCAACUAAAAAGAAAAUUCCAAGGGAUUAUGCAGAAUGGGAUAAAUUUGAUGUGGAAAAGGAAUGUUCAAAAAUCGACGAAGAUUACAAAGAAAAGAUUGUUGUUGACAACAGGGCACAUCUGUCUAAAAUUGAGACAAGAAUAGACACAUCAGGUCUGACUGAGAAGGAAAAGGCUCUUCUAGCUGUUCGUGAGAAGGAAAAAGGAAACGAAGCCUUCAACUCGGGAGAUUUUGAAGAGGCUGUGAUGUAUUUCACCAGGAGCAUCUCAGCCCUUCCCACUGUAGCUGCCUAUAACAACCGAGCGCAAGCCGGAAUCAAGUUGCAGAACUGGAAUAGUGCUUUUCAGGAUUGCGAAAAGGCCCUGGAGUUAGAACCUGGAAACAUAAAGGCUCUUCUGCGCCGUGCCACCACGUAUAAACACCAAAACAAGCUCCAGGAAGCUAGAGAUGAUCUGAAUACAGUACUGGCUGUUGAACCCAACAAUGAUUUGGCCAAGAAAACCUUGUCAGAGGUUGAAAGAGAUCUGAAAAAUUCUGAACCUGCACUUAAGACCCAAAGCAAAGGGAAAAGGAUGGUCAUCCAGGAAGUAGAGACCUCGGAAGAUGAAGACCGAGAGGAGAGCGCGAGGCGCCGCGUGGACGGCAGCGCAGCUGAGGAGGCCGCCGAGCCCGCGCGCGCCAUGGGCAACAUCCAGAAGAAGCUGUCGGGCAGGAGCGACGGCGCCAAGCGGCCGCGGAGGACCCGGGCGCCGGCGGCCGGCGCGGAGCAGCGCGGCGGGACCCCGGCCCCGACCCUGGCCCCGGCCGCCGGCGCCAACGCGCACCCCGGCCCCGGGGACCCCGCGCCGGCCGACGCGCCCUCGGGCCCCGCCGACCUCAAGAGCCAGGGCAACGAGCUGUUCAAGGGCGGCCAGUUCACCGAGGCGGCCGCCAAGUACUCGGCGGCGAUAGCGCAGCUGGAGCCUGCAGGAAGUGCCAGCGCAGAUGACCUAAGCAUCUUAUAUUCAAAUAGAGCCGCAUGUUACCUAAAAGAAGGGAACUGCAGUGGCUGCAUUCAAGAUUGUAACAGGGCCCUGGAGCUUCAGCCUUUCUCUGUGAAGCCUCUUCUGCGGCGGGCCAUGGCCUUUGAGACCUUAGAGCAGUACGGGAAGGCUUACGUGGAUUACAAGACAGUGUUGCAGAUCAACCGCGGAAUCCAGCUAGCCAACGACAGCGUCAACAGAAUCACAAGAAUCCUAAUGGAGCUGGAUGGACCCAGCUGGCGGGAGAAGCUUUCGCCCAUCCCUGCCGUGCCCACUGCUGCCCCAGUGCCAGGCUGGCGCCCUGCCGCAGAGACGACCCCUAACCAAGAGGGAGACUUCGGCAGACCCCGCCCGCCGGGCAGCACAGAGGAAAGCGUGUUUAAAGCCCUGAAGGAGGAAGGAAAUCGGUGUGUAAAGGACAAAAACUACACAGAUGCCCUCCGUAAAUACAGCAAAUGCUUGAAGAUCAACAACAAGGAAUGUGCCAUAUAUACGAACAGAGCUCUGUGCUACCUGAAGCUGUGUCAGUUUGAAGAGGCAAAGCGGGACUGUGAUCAGGCACUGCAGAUGGAUGCCGGGAACGUGAAGGCGUGCUACCGCCGGGCGCUGGCUCACAAGGGACUCAAGAAUUAUCAGAAAAGCUUAACCGAUCUCAAUAAAGUUCUCCUACUAGACCCAAAUAUUGUUGAGGCAAAGAUGGAACUGGAAGAGGUCACCAGAUUCCUUAAUACUAAGGAUGAUGCGGCAUCACUGAACAAAGUCAAGGAGAGGAAGAAAAUCGAGAUUCAAGAGGUGACUGAGUGCCAUGCCAGGGAGCCCCAGCCAACCAGGGAGGACGUCCUCGCCGACACCCCGGCUUCCGAGCAGGGCGAGGACUGCAACGGGCCGCUGGAACACUCGGAAGAACUUCAGCUCGCCAGACCGCACAAUGCCUAUGAGUUCGGCCAGGCCAUCAACGCUAUCAGUCUGAGGAAAGAUAAGGCAGCCUGUGCGCACCUGUUAGCCUCCACGGCACCGGAAGAGCUGCCCACGUUGUUGAGUAACAAACUUGAAGGGGAUACGUUCCUCCUCCUGGUUCAGGCUCUGAAGAACCAUCUCAUGGAUAAAGACCCCUCCCUGGUCUAUCAGCACCUUUUAUAUCUGAGUAAAGCAGACAGGUUUAAGAUGAUGUUGACGCUCAUUAGCAAGGACCAGAAGGAGCAACUCCAACAGCUCUUUGAUGCCCUGGCGGACGUACCGCACAGCCACUUUACUCUGGAAGACGUGCAGGCCCUGAAAAGCCAGUAUGAGCUUUAAACCAAGACUGCUGUUCGAGUCCUGCCGCGCACGUGUGUGUUCAGUAAUGCUGGUGACACGGUAUUGUAACAGCUGCAGAGAUAAAACCUGGCUUUUUCGACUAUAAAACAUUUUGCUUUAUUUUUAUAGACAGAAUAUGUAUAUUCUAUGAUCUGCUUUUUUUUAGUUGUAAAUAUUUUCUUAUGUACCAGA